AUGAAGAGGUUGUCAAACCGAAUAUUUGGUGAAGUAGCAGUUCCUACAAAUUCAAAGUCAAUGAAAGUGGUUAAAAUAUUUGAGGCCAGGCCUCUGCACACAAACGAAGAGAUCAUUCAUUAUUACCCUCGACAUGUGGAAACCCAUGCUUUAAUGUUAAAGUUACGAGAGUAUGGUCUAUUCCGGGAUGAACACCAAGACUUCAAAGAGGAGAUGAAACGUCUUCGUGAAUUGCGCGGUAAAGUUAAAGUGUGGAAGAGGACACUAAACCGAGAACAGGAGUCA